GGUUACCCAACACACAAAUUUAGAAUCUAGUUUGAGCAGAGGGAGAGAAGAAGAGUUUACCCAGCACACAGAUUUAGAAUGUAGUUAGAGCAGAGGGAGAGAAGAAGAGGCUACCCAGCACACAGAUUUAGAAUAUAGUUAGAGCAGAGGGAGAGAAGAAGAGGCUACUCAGGACACAAAUUUAGAAUGUAGUUAGAGCAGAAGGAGAGAAUAAGAGUUUACCCAGGGCACAGAUUUAGAAUGUAGUUAGAGCAGAGGGAGAGAAAAAGAGGUUACACAGCGCACAGAUUUAGAAUGUAGUUAGAGCAGAAGGAGAGAAGAAGAGACUACUAAACACAAAUUUAGAAUGUAGUUACACCAAAGGGAGAGAAGAAGAGGCUACUCAACACGUAGAUUUAGAAUGUAGUUGGACCAGAGGGAGAGAAGAGAUCAAGAGACGGAAGGAGAAGCGACCGUAAGCCGGUCAGGGCGGCGACCGGAUGGCUGCCAACUCGUUCUCUGCACCGGCGCAGGCGGUGAAGGGCGUGGCGAAAACGUUGGCUCACCGCCGCCAGGCCGUGGUUGGGUUCCUGUUUGCUCUCAUCGUCAUCCUCGUGCUCCACACCACCGUGGUGUUUGGCCCGUCCCGGUCCACGAAUGACAUUGUCGUUCUGCAGUCCACAUCGGGCGAGCAAAAUGCCAGGAUCUCUUCUCCUCCAGCGUUCUUGGCACCUAAUAAUUCUAUUCAAGUACAUGACAUAGAUAACUGGGAGAAGGACGACGCAGCCAAUAAUGAUGGGGAAAGAAGGGACCAGUUAGGCCAAACAGUAAAAAAUGAUACUAAUGACAAGAUGCAGGAAGAGCUCAUUCGUCAAGAACUCGAUGGAGACGUCAUACAUGGUGCUCCGGGGAAGCCCAUUUGCGACCUCUCUGACCCUAGGUACGACAUCUGCGACAUCAUCGGAGACGCCCGUGCCAUCGGCGCCAACCGUACCGUCCUCUAUGUCCCGCCAGCCGACGAGCGCGGCACCGACGGCCCGGAGUGGGCCAUCAAGGACCAGUCCCGCAAGAACCUCGGGGACAUCGUCGAGGUGAAUGUCAAGACCCUGAGUGCCGCGCAGUCCCUGGUGGCGCCGGAGUGCACCUCACGGCACGCUGUCCCUGCCGUCGUUUUCGCCAUGAAUGGGAUCAUAGGCAACCCAUGGCACGACUUGAGCGAUGUCCUGAUCCCGCUCUUUAUCACCACCCGCGCCUACGACGGCGAGGUCCAGUUCCUUGUCACCGAGCUCCAGCCGUGGUUCGUGGACAAGUAUCGUCUCAUCCUCACCAACCUGUCACGCUACGAUAUUGUCGACUUCAACAAGGACGCCGGCGUCCGUUGCUACCCGCACAUCAUAGUCGGCCUCCGCAGCCAUGGUGACCUCGACAUCGACCCAACCCGCACGCCGCACAACUACACAUUGCUAGAUUUUCGCCUCUACAUCCGGGAGGUCUUCUCGCUUCCGCCGGAGAGCCGAGGAAUCCCGUACAAGGAGGCCAGUAAGAAGAACGCAGCCAACGACAAUGGCACUGUCACGGAGAAACCAAAGCCGCGGCUCUUGCUCAUCAAUCGCGGCGAGAGCAGGAAGUUCGUCAACCUUCCGGAGGUCUCUGCGGCAGUGCAGGCAGCCGGGUUCGAGCUGCUGGUCAUGGAGCCGAGCCGUGACAUGAGGCUCGAGGAGUUCGCCCGGGCGGUGGACUCGUGCGACGUGCUGAUGGGUGUGCACGGGGCCGCGCUCACAAACUUCUUCUUCCUGCGCACCAACGCGGUGCUGCUGCAGGUGGUGGGGUUGGGCCUGGAGCGCGAGGCCUUGCAUUACUACGGCAAUCAGGCCAAGGCGGUGAUGGUGCAACACAUCCAGUACUUCAUCAGCGCCGAGGAGAGCACACUCUAUGAAAAGUACGGCAAGGACCACCCGGCGGUAAGUGACCCGGACUCGGUACACAAGCAGGGUUGGCAGGGUGCAAAGCGCUACUUCUGGGCGGAGCAGGACAUCAGACUGAAUGUCACCAGAUUUGCUCCCACGCUGCAUCAGCUGCUUCGCACACUCCGGGAAUAGGGGAACUUGAUACGUGAUACUAGUACCUCUGUUCCUAAAUGUAAUGCAAGAUAUCUUGGCAGUUUGAAUUUAAGCUGCCAAAACGUUUUAGGGUGUAGGUUACAAGAAGCACACCAUGGGAGCAGAGAGCUUGCUUCUUUCUUGUUGUUUCAGUCGUCAGAUCAAUAGACAAGAAUUAAGCACAAGCGAGGUCACAACUAAUGCACGGCGUCCAAAUCGAUCAACCGGAAAACAAGACUUGAGCACGUGCAUGACAUCGGCAUGACCUCCUUAACUACUCUUAUAUUUUUUUCCUUUUUUGAGAAUGACAAAUGAGUCAAAUUUGAGCUGCAAGUGCAUGAAAUGUUUUGCAAAAUUUGGUGAAUUAUUUUUAUUUGUGGUCUUUAU